CAGCUUCAAGCUGGUGCCUCGUAUGACGAUAUCAAGGCAUCUGUCAAGGCUGCCGCAGAGGGUCCGAUGAAGGGCAUCCUUGCCUAUACCGAGGAUGAUGUAGUCUCAAGUGACUUUAUUGGCGACGCGCACACUUCGAUCUUCGAUGCUAAAGCUGGCAUCGCACUAACCGACAACUUCGUUAAGCUUGUAUCAUGGUAUGACAACGAAUGCGGGUAUUCCAACAAGGUCCUCAACUUGAUUGAACACAUGGAAGAACACUAA